AUGGGAAGCAGAAGGCUGGUCCGGGACGUUCUCUUGGCCAAGCGACUCCACUUGAUUCACCAUUACCGGCAGGUGCUCCCCUCUCCCUUCCCCAAGGUGCAUGUUAGAGACUGAAAGAUACGGCGGCUUUCAUGGAUUCUCGUCUGUAUUAGUUCUUUGGAUUUCGAAAUGCGUCAUUUCUCCUUGUUCAGUGCGAGGGCCACGGACAAACUCCGAUCCUCAGCUUAUUGUUUCUAGGUUUGUCCAUUGAUUCUCUGCCGGCGUUGCUGAGAGCUUAUGGCGGUUUGCGUGAUGUGCUCCUUUUGUUACCAGUUUCUUCGGAUGAAACUUGUGAGCCUUCGGCUUGUGGGUGAAUUCUUUAGGAUGUUUUAGAUACAAAUAAGAAAUGUUAAUGAUUACACCGAAAAGUAUCGUUCCAAAAAACACCUGUAAUGUGCGUUCCUCUUAGUUUCUGUGGGAGGCGUCACUUCUCAAUCAAUGUUGAGCCAUGAAACCAUGCAGCCAGAGUUUUUAAAAAUAAAAAUAGAUGACUCUUAUCAUCAUAUUACAGCAUAUCCUUUCUUCCCGUUCUAUAAUCGAGAUGGGCAAUUCACCAUCAUUGAUUUCUUUUCUUUUUUUUUGGUUUCUAUUUCUGUGGUCUGUAUUCAAUUCAUUCUCUGCAUCAUUUUAGUAAGUUUUUUUUUUUUGUUUGGGGAGGGGGGGUGGGGACGUGAUGUUGAUGGCGUUAGUUUGUGGUUGUCUAUUUCUUCACCUUGGGCGAUUUUACCUGUUUCAGGCUGCUGUAACCAGGCCUACUUUCUUGGGCACAGCUAACGAGUCUUUGGCUCUCCGUCCAUUCAGCAUCUUCAAUGAGUUCUCAAAGCAACUGAAAGGAGAAGUUAAAAGGUAACCUGAUGCUUGAUUUAGGUUUUUUCCAUUCUUUUUUUCUUUUUUAGUGUUAAAAUUUUCUUCAAUGAGUGGCCCUUUUUGCUAAGUAAGCAACUGAAUGCAAGCCUCCGCAUUCAUGGUGCAUUCAAGCUUAUUCCUUUUUGCUUGGUCGCAGCAAUGAGGAACUGCGGCAGUCUCUCAAGGAGUUCAACGAGAAGGUGGGGGGGAUCAAAGAAGACCUAAAAGUCAGGUAAGUUUAUAGCACAGCGGCACUGUUGAGUCUACCAUCCCUUAAGUUUCUAGUCAUAGGUUGAGGCAUACUUUGUAUGUCAAGACAGAAGCUCUAGAGGGGACCCUGAUUUAGAAGGGAUGAUGAACUGGCGAAUGCAGAACAAAAGAGACAACUGAGAAGCUGUACAAGCAAGUCGAUGGGAUAUGGGCUGAGGCUGAAGCUACGACAAAGAAGGUCAGACUGAGGACUCAACUACAAAUGGGCAAUCUCUAAUUGGUGUUAAUGCAGUUUGGCAGUACAUUUUUUUCUUCCCCUUAUGCAUCUUCUUGGCUUAUAGGUUAUCUGUGUAGAUGAUGGUGCUGCCUAUUAAUUAUUGCAAGAAAUGUGUCUGAGUUCUUUAAAGUUUAUUGACACUGAACGCCAAUGCCUUUUAUUGGUGCAUCAAUUAUGGUUUUUGAUGCUCGGAUGUUGUUGUAUGUUUAAACAAAUAAUAAUAAUAAAAAGCUGGACUCAUUCAUGUUUCGUGGUACCCUGCAUUGACUGUGUCAUCCUUCUCUCAUUCUUGGAGAUAACGCUUAUAUUCCUAUUUUUUGACCUUAAGUAGUUUUAUUCUCUUUAACCUGUGUAUCUGUCUCGCUGCUCUCGUUCUGUACCGAGGUAGUCCUCCAGACAAUGAUUACGGGAGGGCGCUCCAAUUACGUGGCUGAUAAAAGCUGACUAUUCUCCAAGAAUUUGCUGGAUUUCACAUUAAUUGAAGCAAACAACCCAUUCUAUUUAAUAUCCUUUGACUCAGUGCCUUCCUGUUCAGGUAUUUUCUUGAUCAAUUCAGUCUAUCCAGAAGUAUUCCAUAACCUUCAUGGUGGAAGCCCUGGUCACCAUAGAUGAGGAGAUAUUGUGUGCCAUGAUCUGAAAAUAGGGAUGGUCGGAAAUCAUUUGGUGGAUCUCAAAGCCAAUCUAAACUAUUCAUGUGCAAAAAGGGUUAGUAAUGUUUUAGUUGUUAUUAUCGCUAAAACGGGAAGGAAGAUCGACAGAUGGAUAUUCUUGGUUACUGAUAAUCAGAGAAGGGGGGGAGUGUUUCUAUUAAGGCGAUCCUUUUGUACAAUUUGGGACCCCAUGAUAACAUAUCUAGUAAAGAACUCUUUCUGCGGAUCCAAUGUGAGGAAGAGAACAUUCCUGAAUUUUGGCCAAUUAAUGGUGAUUUCAAUUGUUUGAUGCUAUUCUGACCCAUAAAUACGGAUUCAUUGCUUCUUACGCUCAUUGUUUCCUUCUUCUUUUUUUUACCUAAAAAAUGCUGCUCCUGUCAGAAUUCCUUCAUCAUCCGUCAAAGAAUAACCAAGUAAAGGGCAUCCAUUUUCUCUCUUUUACAUUCCUCCCAAAACACUGCAAUGACCACACUUCCUCUACGAAUGGUCCAUUCAUAUUUUAGUCAGUAGUGUGACUUCUUGGGUACGAUGAAAUAUUUCUGUACAUAUCGAUCUGACUACAGUUACUUUCUACAACUAUUCGAAAGAGAUGAUAUAGUUUCAUGAUAUUUUACUAUGGUCUGCUAUUAAUUUAUUUUUUUAUUUUUUUGUUAUGGUUUUUAAGAGCGUAGACCGAAGUGUAGAUGCCUUUGUAGAUGAUGAUAUUGCAGUUUCGUAAGGAUGCCACUUAUAACAAGAGUCUUAUUUUUUAGAACUGGGUGGACAUUGUGCAGAAAUUUGGCAUUAGAAAAACUGGUUUUAAAGGAAUUUUAAUUUUAUUUGUAGGGAGGCUUCCUCUAUACAAGGUUGUGGUGUCUAGUCUGCCAUUCUGUCAUUUAUCUAUUUUAGGAUGCUUUAGACAUUGCGCCAGAGCUUAUAAGCAAUACAGUGUAUUUUUUGGGGCAUUGGAGUUGUGUUAGGGGACUGGUAUCAGAAACCAAUAACUGAUGAUGUAAGGCUGUGGUCGGAUGUAGUUAAAAAGAUUUCUAAGGUAUGAUACAUGCGGCCUACUAACCUGGUAGUACAAUUGAUAUUUCCUAGGCACGGAUAGGUAAUCAUACAAAAGAUCUUAUUUUGGAAGCAUUGGUGGUAAGCGACCUCAUCUUUUAAUGAAGAAUUACAUUUUCUAUUGACAGCGGAUGCUUACAUUUUUUUGACAAUUAAGACAUUAUCUAGGUCGUGUUGAUAUAAAUCUUUGCAAGUUGAGGAUACCAAUGCCAUCUCUGAAGGAUUAAACCUUGGCUAGUUGGAGUAAAAACUAUUUAUGCUUUGUUUUCAGGUUUCAGCUAAUGCAAAGGAAAAGAUUUCUGCUGCUACGGAGGAAGUAUGUUGAAUCAAUUUCAUGCGAGGUGACGAUUUUUAUUCUAUUUGACUGGGAUACUAAUUUUUUAAAUCAAAAAAUGAUACCUUUUAGGUGAAAGAGACCCUAGGAUUGGGGAAGAAAGAUUCCUCUGGAUCAACUAGCUCUUCAGCAAGAUUCAAAGACGUUUCAGAUGAAGAAAGUCAUACGGGUAGAGGCACACAGGAUUCUCAGGGUACUACUGGAGAAAAAAAGGAUUAUCAGGGCACUGAUGGAGCAACAGAAGAUUCUCAGGGUACUGCUGGAGAAAGACAGGAUUCUCUGGGUUCUUUGUUUGGCCGGUUGAAGUGUGCUGUUUCUUCUGCUUCACCGAAGCUUUCUUCUGCCUUUCAAAAACUGAAGGAGGCUAAAGUAAUUGAUCUAGCAAAGAAGGGAUAUAAUGUAGUGAAGGAUGAACUGACUAGUAGUCCAGCUAGGAGAAGACGCAUGCAAGGUUCACAUAACUCAACAUCAAAUGAGGGGAGAAGUACCAGGAAGGAUAUUGUGAUCGUGCCUUCAAAGCAGUCAAGGUUGGGGAAGAAAUGGGAAGCUUUGAAAGAUAAGGUAGAUUAUCGAAUUGCUUCUGAAUUUAUCAUUCAUUUGGCACCUACUCCUGUAAUUCGCUGAAACGAUGGUUAUUUCCUUUGUCAUAUAGAUGAGAGGCCAUCCUAUUUUUAAGCGUGUCAGUGGGUUGAGUGAGCCUGUCGUUGCAAAGGGACAGGAGGUGAAGCCCCUUACUUUUCUUUUAACAAUGACAAAUUUGUGGUGCCAUUGAUAUGCCUUUUCCCUAAUAACAUGUUAUUACGACUCUGUUACAUGUAAUAGCUUGCUGAAGAUGUACGAGAACGAUGGGAGACCAGCGAUAAUCCUGUUGUCCACAAAAUUCAAGAGUAUGGUUAUUUUCACUAUUCGUCUUAGUCUAUAUACUCUGCAUGUUUAACCUGGAUAUUUUGUUUUAGAAGUUGUAGAUUCCUGAAAUCUGACUUUCACGUUGUCUUUCAUGGAUGUAAUUUUUUGAUUCGUAUUAAGUUUUGCAUCCCCGAAUCCUCCUCAACAGACUUCUCCUGUUCCUAUCUAUUCCUAGCAUCAACCUGGCUGCUUAUUGAUUACAUUGCCUCUUUUUUUUACUCACCAAUGUAAUAAGAUUUUAUAGGAUAGCAAUGUAUCCGCUUAUAUAAUGAUCAAGGGGGAGGUCUUGCUAAUCUGUCAAGCUUUCCAUUUCAUUCUUUUUUGAAAAAGGACCUUCUCCUGUUCCUCUGUUUAUUUUCCUUCUUCAGUAAUUAUUUGGCUGCUCAUUUAUUGUUUCUGCUUUUUAAUCGUCGGUGAAUACUUGUUUGAAUCUAUUAUCUAAAAAAUAAGUUGUUCAGUUUUUAUUUCCAGAUAUUGAUACGGUUUGUCUGUCUUACAGUCUGAAUGAUACCGUUUUUGGAGAAACUUCCACUGCCCUAUCAUUUAAGGAGAUACGCCGCCGAGACCCGUAAGUUUGUCUUCCAUUUCCUCGCUCUUUUUCUUUUCCAGUAGUUGAUGCAAUUAUUUCGGUUGAACUGCCGGAGCUCUUGUAAAUAUCGGCUCUUUGGAACCUCAAAGCUAUGUUAUUUUCUUCUUUUCUUUAUGGAUUUUGGAUGUGCCAGGUAUUUUUCUUUGCCAGAAUUUGUUGCUGAGGUUCAGGAAAUGAUCAGACCUACCCUGACUGCUUAUCUGACGGUACGAUUUCUCAGUCAACCCAAUAAAUGCAGAUAAUUUAUUUGGUGCCUCCAGUUUUUUAGUACAUGGAAUACGGUUUCCUUCCUCUCCUUGUAACGCGUGUAGAAUCGAUUUGCCAGCAUAAUGCCUUUAAGUUUCCACUCUCUCGAAAGCUUAUCCAUCUUUCAUGGGCUUCACUUUCUUUUCCAAGAAAAAAAAAGUUGAUGGUUCGUCUAUCAAGGGAAGUUAGUGAGUCAAGGCCCACUUCCCCAGAUUUUUCUUACUCUUGCAUAGGACAGCGGGCAUCCUUUUGCGAUCAUUUUCUCCGACUCCAUGGAAAGGAAUAAUGUUUUCUUUUUUUUUUCUUUCUCUGUAACCUGUUUUAUUCUCUACACUUCUGUUCUCCUCAAUGACUGAGCUCCCUCAACUAAUAAGCAUAUAUUUCAAUGCUGCAGGGUGAUGUGGAAAAAUUAAAAAACAGUUGUUGCAAAGAAGUGAUCGAGAGGUGUAAAGGAGAGCGCACAGCUUAUGAGAGUCAGGGAAUGUUUUUCGAUAGCAAGGUAAGUCACACACAGAAGAACAAUGGGAUUUGGAAAAUAUUAUCAUUCAAAUCUAGCAAGUUUCUGAUCGCUGAUGUAACUUUUCCUCCCCUGUCAAUUAAAUCAAUGGGUGAUGUCUUCCGGUUUUGUGGGUAUUUAUCGAAAAAAUGUCAUUAUCAUUGUUUAUGGAAAUUUUACGACGCGAUUUUUCAUUGUAAUUUUGGGUUGUAAAAGCAUUGCAUGAUUCUUUUAAUCCAUACUUGCGAUGCUAUCAUCAUCGCCAUGGCUGAUGAUCACAAUCGUGAUAUAAAAUCGUGGCUCUGUUCUUACAGUCUGAAUCGUUGUAAAAGUUGGUUAUGCCUGAUCAUGAUAUCCGAUCAUCAUUGAUAAAAAAAAAAGUUUAAAAGCCCAUGAGUACACAUCAUAAAGCAUGAUCAUCUAAUCUCUUGACUGAAAGAUCAUCACACCCGAAGAGUCAUCAUCAGUGUGUGCUACCCUGUAUUCUAUUAUUCAACGUGAGGAUAAAGAAUCGAUGAUUUAUACAAUAUGAGCACUAAUUAUCCAUUCAACAGUAUUACUACUAUUCUUUGUAUCAUUAUUUGCUGCAAAGUAAGAGCAGAUUAACAUUUUCAUUUGACUCUGCAGAUUCUACAUAUAUCAGAUGUUGACGUCAGGGAAACGAAAAUGAUGGGAUCUACUCCCAUCAUUAUUGUUGCUGUGAGGAUCCUUUUUCAUUUGACACUUAGUUGUUACAUCAUCAAAUUUCCCUUUCAACUUAUGCAGAAUCCAACCAUUUGACUUUUGGCAUGUAAAAAAUACUUUCAGUUCCAGACACAGCAGAUUUACUGUGUUCGUGACAGGGAGGGUUCCAUCACUGCAGGAGGAAAGGUGAAGAAAAAAAUGACCAUCCUUUAAAAUAUUCAAACUUUAGGCUUUACCAUUCUUGGCGGACUCUGGCUGUCCUAAGCCCAGUCUUCUUUACCCUUUGUUACCCGGCUUCUCGUGUCAGAUGAGGGUGGUUGGUUGUAGCCUAUCCUUCAUCUGGUUGUCUGAAAUAUGCCAAGCCCACUGAUUCCCAAGGUUUAUUCUCCUUGUCUUGCUGAAAAUCUCAUCCAGGACAGCAUCCAGACUGUGUACUAUGCAUGGGCCAUGCAACUAACGGAUGCAGAGGAGCUGGGAGAAGAAGCAAUCCACGCCGCCUGGAGGCUACGCGAAAUGCAGCAGCUCAACGUUCAAGCUCUAAUCUAG